CAGGAAACACCUUUUGGAGCUUCUUUACUGUCAAAAGAAAGAAGGUGAAUAUGGCAAAUAUGGAAGGCUCAUGCAAGCAAAGACCUGGAAGAGCAGUUGCGAUCUGUGUCCAGUGUGGAUGAACUCAUGACAGUACUUUACCCAGAAUACUGGAAAAUGUUCAAAUGUCAGUUGAGGAAAGGAGGUUGGCAACACAACAGGGAACACUCCAGCUCUGACACAAGAUCAGAUGAUUCAUUGAAAUUUGCCGCAGCACAUUAUAAUGCAGAGAUCCUGAAAAGUAUUGAUACUGAAUGGAGAAAAACUCAGUGCAUGCCACGUGAAGUGUGUGUGGAUGUGGGGAAAGAGUUUGGAGCAACUACAAACACCUUCUUUAAACCCCCGUGUGUAUCCAUCUACAGAUGUGGAGGUUGCUGCAAUAGUGAAGGACUCCAGUGUAUGAAUAUCAGCACAAAUUACAUCAGCAAGACAUUAUUUGAGAUUACAGUGCCUCUCUCUCAUGGCCCCAAACCCGUAACUGUCAGUUUCGCCAAUCACACGUCCUGCCGAUGCAUGUCUAAGUUGGAUGUUUACAGACAAGUUCAUUCUAUCAUAAGACGUUCCUUGCCAGCAACACAAACCCAGUGCCACGUGGCAAACAGGACCUGUCCAAAAAAUCAUGUCUGGAAUAAUCAAAUUUGCAGAUGCUUGGCACAGCAAGAUUUUGGUUUCUCUACUCACCUUGGAGAUUCUGACACGUCUGAAGGAUUCCAUAUUUGUGGGCCCAACAAAGAGCUGGAUGAAGAAACCUGUCAAUGUGUCUGCAAAGGAGGUGUGCGGCCCUCAAGCUGUGGCCCUCACAAAGAAUUAGACAGGGCAUCAUGUCAAUGCAUGUGCAAAAACAAACUGCUCCCCGCUUCCUGUGGGCCCAACAAAGAAUUUGAUGAAGAAAAGUGCCAAUGUGUAUGUAAAAAGACCUGUCCCAAACAUCAGCCACUAAAUCCUGCAAAAUGCAUCUGCGAAUGUAUAGAAUCUCCCAAUAAAUGUUUCUUAAAAGGAAAAAGAUUUCAUCACCAGACAUGCAGUUGUUACAGACCGCCAUGUACAGUCCGAACGAAACGCUGUGAUGCUGGAUUUUAUUUCAGUGAAGAAGUGUGCCGCUGUGUACCCACAUAUUGGAAAAGACCACUUAUGAAUUAGUGAAGAAAGCUACUUGCUAUUUUGGUGUACAUUUUUUCCAUUAGAACAAAAGAACAACAGAAACUUUGCAAAUACUUGGAAUUUAAUGUUCACCAGAGACCCUGUGGGGCUUUCACAGACAAAUACAUUGUGCUUUUCUCAAGAUGUGGAAAGCAAAUGUAGAAAAUAACUGGGGUUCAUGUUUUAUAAAGAACUCAGUAAGGACUUAUUUUCUGCCAAUGACCAAACAGCCUAGGUUCUACUUCUUGUGAUUUUUUUUAAAGAGAUAAUGACUAUAUAAUUUAUUUCCACUAAAACCAUUGUGCAGCAUUUGUUUAUAGCAGUAACAAUUGUUAAAGCUCACUGUGAUCAAUAUUUUUAUAUCAUGCAAAGUAUGUUUAAAAUAAAAUGGAAAUUGUAUUAUA